AUGCCACGCGGCCUUGCUUUGGACCUCCGAGAGCGGCGAAUGUAUUGGACCGAGGGUGGCACCCAGAAGUUGCGGAGCGCCACUCUGGACGGCCAGGACCUUCGAGACGUGGUAGUGAAGACUGAAGUUCAGGAGGCGCCCCGUGAUGUGGCCGUGGAUGCCGAACAGCGGAAGGUCUACUGGACAGCCCUCUGUUGUGGACUUCGUCGCGCAGACCUCAACGGCGAGAACGAAGAGGUGGUAGCCAACGCAGAGUUUGCCAGCGGUGUCACCGUGAACAAGGACGUUCUUUACUGGGCCGACUGGAUGAACGGACGCAUUCUGCGAAGGAGCCCCUCUGGACUGGAGGAGCCCAUUGUGACAGGGCUGGCCUCACCAGUCGAUGUAGCUCUCGAUGCUGGCAGCGGCAUGAUCUACUGGUCGGACGUGGGCCAUGCCCGGACACAGAGAGCGCUUCUGGAUGGGCGCGGCAUCCAGGCGCUCAACAUGAGCUGGGCCAUCAUGAACACUUAUGGCAUGGCUAUCGAUGCCUCUGACAGGAAACUUUACAUGACCGACUUCGAGAAAACUGGCGACUUUACAGGGAGUGCCUCUGACUACGCAGGCCGCAUUAUCCGCACCAAUUUGGACGGGAGUGAUGCCGAGGUACUGGUCAGUGAACCGGGCAUGAGCAUGUCAGACACCUGGCCCUACGGCGUGGCCGUGGAUCCGGAAUCUGCCCAGGUCUAUUGGACCGACCGAAAGGCCGGUCGAAUACAGCGGCUCACGCUGAAAUGCCCAGCAGGCGUCCUGGAGGUGGCAAGCCGCAUGAACAGCAGUAACAUCAAGGAUGCACACCCCGUGCCUGGCAUGGGAGAUCAUACGGUAAUGAGUUAUGGACCAUCGAACCCGCUGUUCGUAACCGCCAUCGGCGCAGUUGUUCUGGACAGCAAAGCCGUCCUGCGCUGUGCCGCGCUCAUGUCAGGUGGCACACGGCACAGCGGACCAUGGCAGUUCCAUCCAGGAGAUGGAGCUUUAGCAGGGAUUACGGUGGAUUUUGAUUGCAUCGGCAACGAUUGUGAAUCGGCCCUGCCCCCUUGCAAAGCAGGCGCCGUGUCCGGAGGGUAUGGGCCUUGUCGUCGGUUUGCCUUUCCUUCAAUGUGGUUGGAUGUGGGGAGGGAUCGGAACUUCAGACUGCUCCCAGGCUACAACGGAUCAAUGACGUUAGCCUGCAACAACAACAAGUUCUCGCUGAACGCUGGGUCCUUUCCUCAGCAAUGUCGAGGGGGACAUAGUCAAGAGUGCUCCAGUACGGGAUCGGCGGCCUACAGCCUGAACCUUCGGGAGCCUGACGCCCGCUACCUGAUCAAUUUCGGCGAGCCUGCAGGUCUUCGCCGAUCUCACCAAUCCUUGCCUACGAGGGGGAGCAAUGACCGGCCAUCCGGGAAGUGGUGCGAGUACAUUGCGAGGAGAGAUCAACCAGCGCAUGGACCGUGUGGAGACGGGGGUAACCACAGCCAAUUGGAGCAGACCCUGGAACUGGAACGAAAAAAGUCCAAGUCAUCCAAAGCACGGGGGCUUCAAGCACAGCAGACAUGGACUUCGGGGGGGCGCAAACCAGUGCUCAUCAUGGGAGGUUGGGGGGACGACACCCCGGCAGAAGAGACCCUCAAGAACGUCAAGCAAAUGGUCGAAGACCUACGGAGUGAGGGAAGGAAGGAAGUGAGAGUUAGAGAAGGGGACCGGGGAUGGGGCAGCUCUGACGAGCACAGUGCCGGGACUGCUGCGGAGGACACGGUACCGUAG